UGUUCUUUGAAGUAUUCUCUUUCGGCGGUGGUGAUGUUUUCAUAUAUAUAUAUUUUUUAAUGACUUUAAGGGAAUUUUUUUGGAUCUAAUUUGCGUAACAGCACAUGGAGACGAUUCCUGCAUGGGUUCAUCUCUGAGGAAUCUGAGAUAUUUUAUUAUCGCCAUAGUUGGCGCCUCUUUCAUGACUAGUAUGGCGAUGGUUUUUUAUUCUUCAAACUCCAGGCGGAGGAAUGAAGGAGGGGAGAGCAAUCUGCCAGAGGACAAGAAAGACAUUCAAAAACGGCUUCCUCCUACAGAUCAAGCUAACUACUUGGCGUCCACUGGUGCUUCCCUCGAAGAGCCUUCGACACCCUUACACAUCAACGAAGACUAUUUACCUCAAGUAAAUUUGCCCUCCAGUAGUUCAAAACAAGUGCCUACGGCUAAAGUUCUAGUUACUACUAGCACUGUUACUGUCAAGAAUCUACGGACUGAACGGAUUGAAGAUCACGAAGUUCGGCAACAGAGUAGUUCAAAUGUUAAUCUGAUUGAAGUAGGGACGACUGCUGGUGCAAAUCGUGAGAGGAAUUCAACGCAUCCCGAAGAUAUUGCUUUCUGCCCAACAUUUUCACAGGGACGUGCAGGUGCUUUGGAUGUAAAUGUAACACAAGUUAGGAUGGUUGAUGUUGAGAAGGACAUGUCCAGUUGGGUCAGUGAGGGAGGAUGUUGGAAACCGUCUGAAUGUAAAGCUAGGGUUAAGAUGUCCCUCAUUAUUCCAUAUCGUAAUCGCUACGAGCAGCUGUCCAUCCUUGUGCGAAAUAUCCACCCCAUGCUAAAGAGACAGAAUUUGGACUAUAGGAUGAUUGUCAUAGAGCAGGCAGGAGAUACUCCAUUUAACCGUGCCAUGCUGUUCAAUAUUGGCUAUCAAGAAGCACUCAAGUUUGAUAAUUACACAUGUUUUGUGUUCCAUGACGUUGAUUUAAUACCAGAGGAUGAUAGGAAUGAUUACGGCUGCCCCUCAUCACCCAGACAUCUGUCAGUUGCUGUGGAUAAAUUCGAUUAUAGGCUGCCGUAUGAUACCAUUUUUGGAGGUGCUGGGUCCUUUACAAAGGACGACUUUCAGCUAAUCAAUGGUUUUUCCAACCAGUUUUGGGGAUGGGGAGGAGAAGACGACGAUCUGUUUAACAGAAUAACUGCCAAAGGACUAAGAUUGACUCGACCAUCUUUGAGAGUGGGAAGAUAUAAAAUGCUUAAGGCAUUUCAUCGUCGCACUAGUAAAGCUGACCCAAUACGCCACGCGAAACUGGAAACGUCGGUUGACCGGAUGAGUUCCGACGGCCUCAAUUCUCUUCAUUACAUUAUCGAGAAUUUAACAGAGCAUCCCCUCUACACUUUGGUAAAGGUUGACGUGAAAGACGCUUUGGCUGAAUACAACAAGUUAUAUGACAUAGAAAAUUAACACACGUCAAGCUAGCAAGACACUGACGUCCCUGAGUAACGAGCGAGAUAAUCAAAGAGAAGGAUCCUUACCCACGUGGACAGGACUCAUGAAUAGCCAGCUCUGCGCGCUAUUUCAGGCCAAGAUAAUUCUAGUUUGAAUGGAUUGGUCUCGUUUCAUAUCGGAACACGAACCAGCCAAUGAUGCAUUGAGAGCAGCCUGUUCAUUAUUUGAUCAAAAAACAGGAUUCACAAAAAGAAGGUAAAAUGACACCUCAGUGACAUCGAACUUCAGAAGUAUGGUGGUCUACUGUCGUCUUCCCUUUUACCUAUAGCUUUCUUUGACCUUCGUAUCUGAAAAAUGUCUGAGAUCGCCCCCAUCUGUCGCAGAUCGUGAUGGCUAAAAGGGUCGAUAGAACCAUUGGACAAUAUCUGAGCUGCGGCGCACCAACCCCUCCCUAACCCAACACUAACCCUAACUUGUUAUCAGUUGACUGUUGUUGGAUUAGGGGAUGGGCAUGUGUAUAGUUGCUCAGUGUCAGUAUAUGAGCAACUGCACACUUCCCCCUACCCUGUUUCUGUCGUUCAAGUGGGUUACCACCGCGCCCAACUUAUUGAUCGACAUUCAGCACUACAAACGUCGCA